AAACGCCCUGCAACGUUUCUACUCGCUUCUGCCCAACUUUCCUGUACUCCGUCAGCUCCUCCCUUCCGGCACCACCCCAACCUGUUCUUGCUGCUAUUCACAAGAUUCCUUUACCUUCUUUCCUUUCUCCAGAGUUCUUUCAUUUUUCCCUCCGUGUCUGUUGUUUGCAGCCUGCAUCUUUCCAGCCUUUCGCCUCCUUGAUUCUGCCCUACAAAGCUUUGUGGCCUGUGCUGACAAGUGCCCGAGUGUCUGAUAAAUGACUUUAAUGUCAACAAACGGGGGCGGGGCGGGUAGAGUAAGCUCCGGGAGUCGGGAGGCGACCCGGGAGGUUCCUGAACAGCUUUGUGGACGGUAUCCGUGGUUCCAGGAGCCAGGGGCCAGCUCUCCGAGUCACCGUCUGGGUCACUAGGAUUGCUGAGAGUCUGGGAAGGUGUGCGGGUGCCCUGGGUGCCAGCCCAGGGGAGGCCACCUGGAGGGCAUUUUCAAGAACUUCUGCCACAGGUGUAAAAGACUCCCGACCUGCAGAGAUGCUGAAGCAGAUACUAUCCGAAAUGUACAUAGAUCCCGAUCUGCUGGCAGAGCUCAGCGAAGAACAGAAACAGAUCCUGUUCUUCAAGAUGAGGGAGGAACAGAUCCGCCGGUGGAAAGAAAGAGAAGUAGCAAUGGAAAAAAAGGAGUCCCUGCCAGUGACAUCCAGGCCGAAGAAAGAGAAUGGCAAAUCUGUUCAUUGGAAACUGGGAGCCGAUAAGGAAGUCUGGGUGUGGGUGAUGGGUGAACACCAUCUAGAUAAACCCUACGAUGUGCUCUGCAACGAAAUCAUUGCUGAGAGGGCCCAGCUGAAAGCAGAGCGGGAAGCGGAAGAGCUCAGAAAAACUCAGUCCAAAGAAUUUGCCAAUAGCUUGAAAAUGAAAUCACAAUAUUAUGAUCUGCAAGCACCAGAUACCCAGGAGACUCACAGUAUCUGUAAGAAAGCUGCAGAAGAAGAGGAGCUGGGGAAAGGCUCUCGACCAUCACCAUCCCUUGAAGAAGAGAAAAUCCCAUCACUCUCCAGUUCCUCAAGAAAUAUUCAACAAAUGUUGGCAGAUUCUAUCAAUCGUAUGAAGGCAUAUGGAUUUCACCAGAAGAAAGAAUCCAUGAAGAAAACACAAGAUGAAGAACUAAAACAAAUAGACGAGGAGAAAACCAAGCAGAUUUAUAAAAGCUGGAAAGAAGAUUCGGAGUGGCAGGCGUCUCUGCGAAAAUCCAAAGCAGCUGACGAGAAGAGACGCUCUUUGGCGAAACAGGCGCGGGAGGACUACAAGAGGCUGUCCCUGGCGGCGGACAGGGUAGGGAGCGGAGGGGGGCAGCACGGCGCCCCAGCUGCUCCGCAGAGACCCAGGAGACCCCCCCUUCCACCCAAGCCGCAGUUCCUGCACCCAGCGGGGUCCCCUCGGCAGCCUCUCAGAACCCAGGGAGUGACAAGGACGGCAUCGAGCUCUUCCCAGGAGGACAUCAUUCGGUGGUUCAAAGAGGAGCAGCUACCUCUGCGAGCAGGCUACCAGAAGGCCUCAGACACUAUAGCGCCCUGGUUCCACGGGAUUCUUACAUUGAAGAGAGCAAAUGAGCUCCUGAGCACCUGCGUACCGGGCAGCUUUCUGAUCCGAGUCAGUGAGAGGAUCAAAGGCUAUGCCCUGUCCUAUCUGUCUGCGGAGGGCUGUAAGCAUUUCCUCAUAGAUGCCUCUACAGACUCGUACAGCUUCCUGGGCGCGGACCGGCUGCAGCACGCCACCCUGGCAGCGCUGGUGGACUACCACAAGGAGGAACCCAUAACUUCCCUGGGGAAAGAGCUCCUUCUGUACCCCUGUGGUCAGCAGGACGAGCCGCCCGACUACCUGGAACUCUUUGAGUGACAGCCUCCGUCAUGCUGUGUCAUCCUCAGCCUCCAUUGGGCUUUCCUCUGGGUAAACUCUGCUGAAACAGACAUUUGUGUGUGAAGCCAACGUUACCCUGCAGCAUAGCCAGGAUUGAUCAACAGCAAGGAUGCUUGGAGCCCCAUGGAGAUCUCUCUUCUGCACUAAUGCUGGAGUUAACCACAUUGUAUUCACUCCAAAAGACAAGGGAGAUGAUCCCCAAUUUCAGCAACUCCCUAACAUGAAGUCUACAACCUUAAUGAUGUACAUAAAUGAACAAAGAAGAAAUGGAAACUUUCUAGGAAUUAAGGCGUACUUCAAAACCCAGUAGCUCAUGGUAACUAUUUCAUGACCUCUAUACUCCCACUUUGCAUCAUUUCAAAACAUCUCAGGAUUGUGUUUAGAUUAAGUUCCACAUUGGCUUUGGGGAGCUGGCAAAAAAGCCUUUACUGGUGGCUGAAAUGACCCUGCAGACACACUUCAUUUAUUAUGCAUGUUGGAGCCAGGAUAUAAGUAAGAGGCAUUGAAAAACAAAAGUUGGGAAUGGAAAUCGAAUGAGGAGUUUAAAACGGAGGAGAAGCUUAACAUGUCCAGAAAUACUGUGGACUGUAGGGGAGUGAGCAAACUGUUGUGCACUGUUUUCUCAUUCCGGACAACAGGACAGUGGUCACCCCAUCUACUUUGGAUCCAUCCACAAGCACACCAAGGAGGUUGAAGUGCAUGCAUGUGUGAGUUGCUGUCAGUAGUGAUAGGCCAGCACAGAAGAGCAUGUUGUGGGCUGAGUGGUAUCCCCAGAAAGGCAGGGUGAAGUCCUAAGCCCUGGUACCUGUGAACGUGACCUUAAUUGGGAAUAGGGUCUUUGCAGAUGUGAUCAAGUUCAUAUCGGGUUCAGGUGGGCCCUCCAUCCAAUGACUGGCAUCUUUAUAAGGAGAGAGGGAUUUGGAAACACACAGAGGAGAGGCAACCAUGGGGUGACACAGGCUGAGACUAGUGAUUCCAGGGGAUUUCCUGCAAGCUAGGGAAUGCCAAGAAGAGCUGGCCACCCCCAGGAGCUAGGAGAGCAGUAUGGCACAGAUUCUCCUCGGAGCCUUAGAAGGGAAUGUGGCCAUGCUGGCACCUUGGUUUCAGACUUCCAGGCUCUAGAUCUAUAAGAGAAUAAAUUUCUGUUGUCUUAA